AUGGACAAGCUCAUCGCAAUUGUCGCGUGCUGGAUCGCUGUGGUCUCUGCGCUGCCAUUCAGAGAGCACGCGCAUCCGGCCGGACAUCAUCUGCAAUACGAGCUUGAGUAUGGUGUUAAGGAUGUCCUCAGUGGCGAUGAUAGGACCCGUUGGGAACAGCGUGACGGGCAUCAUAUGAAGGGAUCCUACUCUGUGAAAAAAGCGGACGGAAGUCGCCCCGACGCUGAUCAUCACACCAAUGCUAACGGAGGAAUCCAGAUUCUGGUCAAGCAUGUUGGCGACCAAACUAUAGCACCAGAAACUACGACGCAUGGUUAUCCUGGCUGGGCGUUGUGGUGGUAG